GCUAUCCCAGCAUGCCCUGCAAUCCAUUCGGUGACAAACAUCCAAUCAGAGCUGGGACUCGGCAUUGAGCUGUCUGGACUUGUAGCCAGUUAGAGAUUUCUGCUUUGUAAGCACUACAAGUCCCACAAUGCCUUUGGGGAGCUGUAGAGGUGAGCCAAUGAGAGGUGAGAGUCGGCAGCCCCGCCCACUCACAUGGUAGAAGCAGCUUUCCCUGAAGGGUGCUAUGAAGCUUUGAGAAAUAUACAUGACCUGUCCAGAGAGAGAACUUAUCUAAUAUGGUGAAGAAGAGAGAGCAGUUGGCAGAAGCCGUAUUAAAUCAUGCCCUGGAGAUCAUCUGCUUGUUGACGGUGGAGGAUUAUAUUAUUGUGAAGAGACCCGAUGGGACCCGAUGUACAUUCAACAUUCAUGCCACAGAGGUCAAAAGCAACAUGUGUGGCUCCACAGCAGGAUAUCCGGAGCUCUCCUUUACUCUCCUGGGAAUGGAGGACAAGACUCAGAAGAAGAUUACUGAGCUGGCCAGCAAAAUUGUUCAUCUGUUGACUAGGAAGGUGAAAUGUGAGAAUGUUGCUGUUUAUUUCUCUAAGGAUGAAUGUGAAUAUCUUGGGAAGCAAUCUAAGGACAACCAGGACACCUGUACCAUUGAACAGCCAACAACCCCAGUGCAGCAAAGUACAGAACAAAGUUGCCCCAUCAGAUGUUGCAUUAAGGAGGAGCCACAAGACAGACCCCAUUAUUCCACUGAACAGCCAACCUCCCCAGUGCAGCAACGUACAGAAACAGUUCACCACAUUAAAUACUGUAAGGUGGAGCCAGGGGAAGAACCUCAUCAUUCCGCUGGUUGGACAUCGGCCCUUCCUUCUUCAGAGUUUAUUCCAGGAAGCCCGGAAAGAAAACCUCUAUCUACUGUAAAUGUUCACCUACCUUUUGUGGAAGCCCAAACUACAUCUGGCUUCAACUUUAUUUCUGCAUAUAAUAUCAAACUUGAACCAGGUGGAGAUUCCUCAGGUGACACCGAGGACAGUGCAGAGGAAGAUGGGACAUCAGCCCUUCCUUCAGAGUUUAUUCCAGAAAGAAAACCUCUAUCUACUGUAAAUGUUCACCUACCUUUUAUGGAAGCCCAAACUACAUCUGGAUUUAACUUUCCUUCCUCGAGUGAUAAUAAACCUGAAGCUGGUGGAGAGUCCUCAGAUGACACCGAGGACAGUGCGGAUGAAGAGUCUUCCCAGGUCUCUCAUUCUUCUGGUCGGAAAAGGGUUCACAGUAUUUACCAUCUCAUCGAGGAAGAGCCAAAGGAAAGCCAAGAUUCAGAUAUGUCUGUAUCUGAGGACCCAUUCGGUCUAGCAGACUGUACAGACCAAGAUGAAGACUACAUACCACUGAGAACUACAAAUAAAAGGGCCAGGACACACAAAUCAACCUCAGAAAAGAUGUCUCUUUCCUGCGAAGUGUGUGGGAAACUAUUAGGCAGUAAGAGGACUCUUGAUAAACACCUGCAAAUACAUACUGGAGAGCGUCCACAUGCAUGCGAUGAGUGCGAUAAGAGAUUCUCUUGUCAGAGUCACUUGGACGCUCACAUGAGAACGCAUAUUGGCGAGAGACCCUAUAAAUGUAACCAGUGUAGUCGGAGGUUCUUCAAUCACCAGCACCUCGUCCUCCAUCAGGUGGUCCACACUGGUGAAAAGCCAUACUCCUGUCCAGUGUGUGGGAAAGGCUUCACUCGGCAAUCCAGCGUGGUCAAGCACUCCGGCAUACACGCAGAACAGAAGCCGUUCGUGUGCAGUGAGUGCGGAAAGAGUUACUGCCAAUACGCCAGUCUGGUUGUCCACCAGCGGCAGCACUCCGGGGAGAAACCAUUUGUCUGCAAGUACUGUGACCAAGCCUUUCCAUGUAAAGACACCAUGUUGAAUCAUCAAGGGACUCACACCAGGACUUUUCCCUGUGCCAAGUGUGAUAAGUGUUUCAUUUCCAGAUCUAGCCUGUUGAAACACAAGCAAAAAGUACAUACCAAGGAGACUAAACCGGCCUAACAGGCUAAGGAUGGAAUCUAAUUGGUCAUCUUUUAUUAUCUGUGUGAUCACUUUAAAAAAAUACAAAAUCAGCAGCAGA